AUGGCUAACCGCCAGAAGGCUAUCGCUCGUGCCAUUCAACGCGCCGUGCUUCGCUCAGGAGCGCCUCGAAUCUCUCUCAUCCAACGCAUCCUCUCCUUCUUCCGCAUCUUCUACCUAACUUUAAUCCGCUACGAGCAGGAACUGUUCUACAAUCUGCGCGCAAGAGUAUGGAGACUAUCUGAAGAAGAAUACUUAUCCUGCUUCAAGAAUGAUGGGAAAUCACCAGCCUUGAUCCCGAUGGGCGAUCUGGGCUUUUCAGGCUCCACAUUCUUCCGCACUUCUAACUCGGCAUUUCUGGUAAAAAGCGUACCGCGGCACUUUGAGCACUCAUUUUUCCGCAACGAUCUCUUGAAGCCAUACUACGACUACAUGCAAACAUACCCAGAGUCCCUCCUCGUUUGGAUAACAGAUUACAUCUAUGCCCCAUAUAGCUCGAUUGGGAGCAUUCUCCGGACGUCACCCGCGCACCAUGUAAUAAUGGAAAACCUACUCUACGGGAAAGAAGACGACGGCAACGCGGACAAAUGGGAAACGUACGACCUCAAACCAAUUGACUACUUCUAUCCCGAGCGCGACCUAGUCCCCGAGCAGCUUGUCAGCGAAGAUAUUAUUUCACGUUUAGCAGACAAGUUUGAGGAUAAGGUUCGAUUAUCACGAGAGGAUUACGACGCCGUGAAGCGGACGUUGGAUAAGGAUACGGCUUUCCUUGCGUCGGCGAACAUUGUCGACUAUUCUCUGUUCUUGGUGCGCUUUCCCGCUUCAUCUAAUCCUGGGCGGAUUGGGAGGAAGACACAGUGGCGUGUAGGGGUGUCUUCUGCGGAUGGGAAGUGGAAGUACCGGAGUGUGAUCUUAGACUUCUUUUGGGCCAAGCAUACGCUGCAUGCACAGGCAAUGACAGGUGCGGUGCAGGCGUUUAAUAUAAUCGGCCGGCAGGGUCCAAUGAGCAUUACAACCACGGCAGAGGAAUAUCGCGAAAAAUUCUUGACCAUGGUGGAUGAGAUGAUGGAGGUAUAUGCGCCGCAAGAUUAA